AGUCCUAAUACAAACUUGAUAAAGGAAUAAUAUAGGCCCAAACUUUUUGAGCCUUAUUGAUUAGCCUGUCGAUUGAAAUGUGCCCAAACAACCAAAAUCUUUCCUUUCAAUUGCUAACGGGGCACGAAGCGUAAGUCACCGCCAUCGCCACCGAACGACCAACUCCGUCGCCUCAACGAGCCUUUGUCUCUUUAUCGGCUUCAGCAUAGAAGCUCCAUUGAUUAGUUGAAACAGAGAAAAAAAAUGUCUAGAAUUUGUGUGAAGAAUUUACCAAAACAUGUGGCAGAGGAUCGCCUGCGGGAGGUGUUCUCGCGGAAAGGAGAAAUUACUGAUGCAAAGCUAAUGCGAACCAAAGAUGGUAAGAGUAGGCAAUUUGCUUUUAUUGGAUUUCGGACCGAGCGUGAAGCUGAAGAAGCUAUUAAAUACUUCAACAAAUCUUACCUUGAUACUUGUAGAAUUACCUGCGAGAUUGCUCAUCAAGUUGGAGAUCCAACUAUACCUCGUCCUUGGAGUCGGCAUUCUCAGAAGAAAGAACAGAAGGAGAUUGAACAUGGGAAUAAAGCUGCUGGUGCUAGAAAUUCAAGCCUAAAAGGUGGCCAAGAUGAAAGGAAGACUAAUAAAAAAGGGCGUGACAACGAUGACCCUUUACUGCAGGAAUUUCUUCAGGUCAUGCAGCCAAGAGUUAAGUCAAAAUUGUGGGCAAAUGACACUGUGAUUGCUUCCCCUGUUGAGCAAAAUGUUGAAGUCGGUAAGAAAGAAACUCAAGCUGAGAGGGGAAGCAGAGAGAAGCCAGUUCGAGUAGAUGCUGAAUUAAAGGAAAGUGAUAGUCAUGAAGCUGAGAAAUCAAACAAUCUUGCUCAUGAUGAAGUCAUUUCAGAUAUGGAUUACUUCAAGAGUAGAGUAAAGAAAGAAUGGUCAGAUUCAGAAAGUGAGAGCAGUGAGAAUGUUGAUGAUGAUGAUGAAAUUAAUGACAAUGACAGCGACAGUGAUGAAGAGAGUGAUUCUCCUGGGGAAACACUUAAGAGCAAGGAUGUUAAAAAAAUAGAUCAGACUGCAGAACGUGAUACUAGAACUGUUGCCCAACCAGAGGUUGAGGAGGAAACUCCUGCAGAUUUUCAUGGUGAAAUCCUUGACCCUGAUAAUCGAUCAUCUAAUGCAAAAGAUGAAUUUCUUGAGGCCGGUCGUCUUUUUGUUCGCAAUCUGCCAUAUACAGCAACAGAGGAUGAACUGGAAGAGCACUUCGGCAAAUUUGGCAACGUCUCACAGGUCCAUCUUGUUGUUGACAAAGAUACAAAACGGUCCAAGGGAAUUGCCUAUAUUCACUACACACUUCCUGAAUCUGCAGCAAGGGCAUUGGAAAAAUUAGACAAUUCAAUAUUCCAAGGAAGAUUAAUGCAUGUCAUGCCAGCAAAACAGAAAAAUCCAUCUGAUAAACAAGAGCUUGAUGAUACUUUAAGAAAAGGUUCAAAAACUCUCAAGCAACGUCGGGAAGAAGAGAGGAAGGCAGCUGAAGCCAGUGGAGAUACAAAAGCAUGGAAUAGUUUGUUCAUGCGCCCUGAUACGGUGGUUGAAAACAUUGCUAGGAGAAUGGGUGUAAGUAAGAGUGAUUUACUUGAUCGUGAAGCUGAUGACCUUGCUGUGCGUAUUGCUCUGGGUGAAACUCAAGUGAUUGCAGAGACAAAAAACGCUCUUGCCAAUGCUGGAGUGAAUGUCGCAUCUUUAGAGAUAUUUGCUGCUGGGAAAACUGAUGGCAUGAAAAGAAGCAACCACAUUCUGUUAGUAAAGAACUUGCCAUAUGGCUCUUCUGAAGGUGAACUUGCUAAGAUGUUUGGGAAAUUUGGUAGUCUGGACAAAAUUAUCUCCCCUCCAACAAAAGCAUUGGCCUUGGUAGUUUUUCUUGAACCAUCUGAGGCUCGUGCUGCUUUUAAGGGUUUAGCAUACAAGCGUUACAAGGAUGCUCCCUUAUAUUUGGAGUGGGCUCCUUCAAAUGUUCUUAGCCAAAGUCCAACUUCUAUAAGCAGUGAAGGAAAAAAUUCUGCUGUUGGUGAACAUGAUGCCAAGAGAGUGAUAUUGGAGCAAAGCGUGGAAUUAAUAUCAGAAGAUAUUGAUCCUGAUAGAAUUGAGUCACGAUCAUUAUUUGUGAAGAACCUGAAUUUCAGGACAUCUGAUGAGAGUUUGAAAAAGCACUUCAGCGAACACAUGAAGGAGGGGAAGAUCUUAAGUGUCAGGAUAAAGAAACACUUGAAAAAUGGGAAGAAUGUUUCAAUGGGUUUUGGUUUUCUAGAGUUUGAUACUGUGGAGACAGCAACAAAUGUCUGUACAGAUUUACAGGGAACUGUCUUGGAUGGGCAUGCUCUUAUCUUGCAAUUAUGUCAUGCCAAGAAGGAUGAGCAAGUGGGGAAAAAGGUUGAUAAGGAUAGGAGUACUACAAAAUUACUUGUGAGAAAUGUAGCUUUUGAGGCAACAGAGAAGGACCUUAGACAACUAUUUAGCCCAUUUGGCCAGAUCAAAAGCUUAAGGCUGCCAAUGAAAUUCGGAAACCACAGAGGCUUUGCAUUUGUGGAGUAUGUUACUAAGCAAGAGGCAGAGAACGCACUUGGAGCACUUGCAAGCACCCAUUUGUAUGGUCGACAUUUGGUUCUGGAGAGAGCAAAGGAAGGCGAGAGCUUAGAAGAACUACGGGCACGAACAGCAGCUCAGUUUGCUGAAGAGCAAAAUAGUUUGCAUAAUCCAACGAAGUUAUCGAAGAAAAGGAAGCAUAUGGCUGUGUUGGAUGAAGGAACAAUGAAAUUUCAAAGGAUUGCCGAUUAGUGCUUUCUUUGGCGAACUUUAUGUAAUACGUAGAGUAGAUGGACUAUUUCUUGCUGUGUUAAUAGGGUUUAUAGAUUGCUUCAAAUCUCAUGCUGGCCCCAAUUUUGCUGCUUAGGAGCUGGCAUUUAACUUGUGUUCAAAUUAUAAAUUAAAGUUUACCCUUUGCUUGGAUGAUUGUAUUUUUCUGAAGGAAGGAAAAUAACUAUGAGAGAUAUCUGGGGAAAA